ACUGCCACCAAGCCGGGAGCUGCCUUCCAGAAUGGAUACACAAUUCACAGCGCUGCCUCCCGCUCCAUCUUUCUCCUCCCCCGCUGCUUUCACCCUCCUAGCCUUAGUCCUCUCACAGACAACGAGACGGCACAGAUGGGCCGCUGAAUGAGGAGGGUUAGAAGAGGAAAAUGGAAAUGACAAAAAGGAAGAGAAGCAAAUAGGGGGAGGGAAGAUAUCACAAGAGCAUGUGAAUCAGAGGAAAGAGAGAAGCAAGAGGAAACAAGCAUUAGCCUGGUUAUGCAUCAUCCAGAGAAUAACCCAAUCUACCGACUGCUGCAGUAAUAUUCACAACAUGGAGUGAGAGGACAGUGAAAGGACCCUCGCUAACUGUCAGCUGCUGACUUUCUUCUGCCUUUGGCCAGAGGAAGCAUCGGCAGCAGCACCAUUAGCAUCAAGCCACUGGGGACAAUGCGCCAAAGACAGAGAGACUGCAACACUGGAGCUCUGACAUGUGCUGCUGAUGCACACAGACGCACGUUUUCUUUCAUGCAUGUGGUAGAUAACUACGAGUUCCUUGAAGAGGACUACUACUGGUAAAGAACCCCAAUAUUUUUACCUUCUAAUUACAAGAAAGGCUGAUUUGUAACAUGUCAAAGUAAAUAAUGAGGACCUAAACUGUACGUGAGAUCAAUACCGAUGGAUAUGAGAAAGAAAUGAGUACUUAGAAGAAAACAGGGCAUCACUGGACAUCAACAAUAUAGUAUAUGGAAAUGGGAUACCAACACAGGGACCAAGUCCAUUCGUCAAUUCACCAAGGAAACUUCCUUUCGUCUCCGGGAUCAAGACUUGAUCAAAUGCUGCUGACAAGUGGACUUCAAUGCCUACCGACUGAGUAAACUCCUGCCAACAGAACCAUGCAGUGGAGACGACGCCACUGCUGUGCACACACAGCUAAACUUUUGUAUCUCCUUUCACUGUUGGGUGUACUGGUCUUUCUGGCCCACCAGGUGUGGCUGCCUAGGCUAACAGGUAUGCCAUGGUGGAGAGGCCAUCCAGUGGUGUACGGAAGUGGUGGACUUCAAAACACCAAAUCCAAACUGAAUAUGAGCUCCCAACAUUCAAUUUGGAGGUUUGUCAUCGUUCCUCAGCCGACUUUGAAGGCUGACACCAACAUCAGCUUCCAUGAGAAGGAAGGCGUCUUCUCUCCUCGAGACCCAAGUUCUGAGAACACCCUGGCAGCUAACACAAGCCAAAGUGGAGAGGGAGAUCUUAGAGGAAUGAUAACUCACGGGCCUUUCUCUUAUGUUAUCAAUGAGCAAGACAAAUGUGUAGAAAACAGACCCGCCCCAUUUCUGGUGUUACUGAUAGCCACUGAGGCUCGGAAGGUGGAGGCUAGGAACGCUAUACGCCAGACGUGGGGGAAUGAGAGUGUCGGUCUGACUCUGGGAAUCAUCCGUCUGUUCAUGCUGGGGAAAAAUGAGGGAGAGCUAGGACUUUUACAACAAAGGAUAAUAGAAGCAGAGAGCAAAAGGCAUCAUGAUAUUAUUCAGCAGGACUUUGAGGAUUCCUACAAAAACCUGACAAUUAAGACAUUGAUGGGAAUGAAUUGGGUGGCAAUGCAUUGCCCACGGGCCAGCUAUGUCAUGAAGACGGACAGUGACAUGUUCGUCAACACAGAGUACCUCAUUUAUAAGCUUCUCAGGCCAGAACUAUUUCCCAGGAAGAGUUACUUCACAGGAAAUAACAUGAGAGGCUUUGCACCUAACCGAAAUAAAAACAGCAAAUGGUACAUGCCGCCAGAGCUGUACCCAAGCGAGAAGUACCCCACCUUCUGCUCUGGGACUGGUUACGUCUUCUCUGGAGACUUGGCGAUGAAGAUCUACCAAGCAUCUCUCAGUAUCCCUCACCUGCAUCUGGAGGAUGUGUAUGUGGGAAUAUGCCUAGCCAAGCUCCGGAUCGAGCCCACGCCACCGCCCAAUGAGUUCCUAUUCAACCACUGGCGGGUGUCUUACUCCAGCUGCAAGUACAGCCAUCUGAUAACAUCGCAUGGGUUUCAUCCCAAUGAACUACUUAAAUACUGGCAUCACCUACAGACCAACAAACACAAUGCCUGCAUCAACACAUUUAAAGAGAGAGGGGGCAGGAUGCACACAGUCCAAAAGGGAUGAACGAAACAAGCUCAAUAACUGACACUUUUUCACUCACAAGCUCUUGUUAAGCCUGUUCACACUGGAAAAAAAAACAACAACACACAAACAUCUGGGUUUUUUCUUUAGGGGGGAAGGUACAAUCCUCAUAUUACUCUGCCAUAGUCAGUGGUAACUGUCUACUCCAGCUCUGAUUGGCAGUCAUGGUAACAUGACACGCGGGUGGACAUACACAUUUUUGCCCCUUUUCUGAUGUUAUCACAUUCGUCAUGGCCGUAUCCUUGGUAACUCCUGUACCCUCUCAGACACAACUUCCAACGCAGUUCAAAACAGAGAGGCAAACUCGUCUCCUGGCAAUGAGAAAGGAGUCAAUUAUCUUUGUAGCGGGUUUGGUAAAGUUUAAAAAACCUGCAUAUCCAUGUUAAUUUGGAUAUAAAAAGGGGAUUGGAUGCAAAUCAUUUUUAUCUCAUACGAAAGAUUUGUCCACACUUUUCAUAUGGGAACUCUGCAUAAAUGAGUAAAACCUGAUGUGUGUGCUCCAUUAUUAUUGCCAAUUUUGUACAAAGGAAGAACAAAGUUUCUAUGUCUUGAGUCAAACCACUGGAGAGUUUAUGUCCACAGCUCUAGUUUACAAAAGAAUAAGCUGUGUGUGCAAAAGCUACUUUUUGUAAUAAUGUAUGCGAUACUUCAUGAUUUCUAUGUUCAGAUACAAGUUCAAAACAAGGUACAGUGCCAAUAAACUUUUAAAAAUUUAAAACUUGCAUAUCAAAUAGUCAGGGGAGUCUUUUUAAAAGAGUAUCAACAGUUAAGUAACAGCAGACUGAGAUUGUUGCAGGUUGACAACCUAUGUGGGAACAGACACUUUAUGCAUCAAAUUAUCAGACCAUUAUAUAUCACAUUUUUGGAAAUUGCCGAUACAAAUUACAUUUGGGAGUUAAUGUAACACAACAGAUCCUCUUGUUGAUCAAGUAAGGUCCUGUUGGGACAUGAUGGUAGAUGAGAAAACCCUUCUAAAGACAAUCUACAGAAAAAUAUUUCUGUGGUUUCUGCUGAUUCUCUUUGAUAAGGUAAAAUGGAAUAGGAAAAACCAGCAGGAUUUCUUUGUAAUAGAAUAUUGAAAGCUUUAAUAUUGAAAAUAAGCGAGUAAGUCUCAAUUAUAUUCCCUUGGAUCGCACAUCAUGGACACAUUGCUGUUUUGAUUAUAGAAUGUUGUAGUCCACUUGGUACAUACCAUGCACAGUGGAUUUGUGGUGUAGUGGCUUUGUGAACAAAACAAAUGUUGUGUACAAGGAGAACAGCGCAGGGCAGCACUCACAUGCAAGCAUAUGCAGAUAAAGGAAGUAACACCAACAUACGCAAGUGCCAACUGAGUCAGGAUCAUAGCAUUCUGUGUUUACUGUCUUCAAACACAUGAGACUGAACAGUAAAUGUCACACUGAAACUUGGUUUAGCAGCUUCCAGCCAAUACCACUGAUUAAAAAGUGUCUCUUUCUAGAUACUGGCAACAUGAAAUAUAAACAUGCGGUGUAGCUCUUAGGUAAAUCCUCAGCAAACAAGAAGCCCCAUUCUUACCGUCACUGACUUCAGGGUCAUGCCGUGGUAGGUGCCCAUGGUAUCGAUCUUGAAACCCUCCGUUUCUGAGAAAAAUACACACAAUGAGUAAAGACUGCUGGCAGAAUUUAGUUUUUUGUUUUUGUUGCAUGAAAAUAUUAUGCAAUGUUUGCACCUUAAUUGUUACACUUAUUGUCCAACGCUUAAGGAAACUUUGCAAAUGCUGAACAUCAUAUCAAUAGUUUUCACCAUUUGUGCUGAAAGGUAGAAUCCAGUUUACAAGUGUUAAAACAAUGAGGCAAAGUACGCAAAGAGUUUAAACUGUGAUGUGACUGCAUUUGUUACAAAUGGGGAAAAGAGGUGAGAGUGUAAAAACACCAGUAAACCACAGUAAAAGUCCUGACAGUUAGUACAGCUGUGUUAAACUUAGAUUAUUACGAAAGCUGUGUUUGAUUUCCACACUCAGGUAAAUGUCCAGCUUCAGCCAAAGUUAGAAACCGUUCCCCAGACACAGGGGAGCACGCGCAGCAUGCAGUUUAUGUACAUGGCUCCGGAGAUUUUCAGCCUUCAAAGACAGAUUGUGAAGUGUGGCCGUCUUUUGGUUUUAUAAUAGAGCUGAGGGAAGCCUAAUUGAAGAUGCAUGCCUCGUCUGCAAACAUGCACAAAGUAAAUCUCUGUGAAUGGGGGCAACACUUUGAAUGCAAGGCAAGUUAACACCUGAUGUGGGGGACUUUUUGAAUGGUCGAAAAUGUCAUGUUUUGUCUGUAUAACUUGCAAAUUGCUUGUCAAUGAUGUAAACUGACUCUUUCUGUGUUUCCUAAACAAUACAUCAUACUGUGCUGCUGUAUG